CUGCACCCAGCUCUCCUCUGUCCCAGACACGUAACACACUGCCUCUCUACUGCCUCAGACACUUCAUACACUGCCUCUAUGCUGUACCCAAUACUGCACUGUCCUUAGCACUGCGUAGCCUGUCUGUAAUCUGCAUCCAGCUCUGCAGUCUGCGCUGCCCUAGAACAUUGUAUGCUGCCUCUAGACUGCACUCAGCUCUACAUUUUGUCCAACCCUUUUGAAUGCUAUGUGCCACUGCCCUAAUUCCUAAAUCAUCAUCCUGGACUGUGUUUUUUUUAAAUCUUUUGUUUUUUUAUGGAAUGGAGAUAAGGCAGAACACUGCUGCUCGGGACACUGACACAAUGCAGUAAGGAUCCACAGGGAAGAAGUAUACAGUCAGGAUGGAAACUGCUGCAUCUCUGGAGAAGGAAUGUGUGCUAGUGGAACAUGAGUUUGAAUACAUAACAAAAGAAGGGAGCGUUAUCUCCAUAAAACCACAUGAGAGGUAUAUACUCCUGAAGAGAACUAAUGAGCACUGGUGGCACGUCUGCCAAGAUAACAAGACAAAACCUUUUUAUAUUCCAGCAAAAUAUGUAAAAGUCCUGUCGUCCUCUAGCCGGAGCUCCAAUGGAACUGAGAUUUUUCAGGCGUGCUCUGAGGAUGUGAUAGAACAAGCACCCUGUACUCAAUAUAGCUACACGUUCCUGCCAGUAGACCCACAACCCAGUGCAGGUAUGCCUUCAUUGUUGUCAAGUGGUGGCAGUGAUGCAGUAUUGUCCCGUGUACAGAAGGCUGGCACUGACAGCAAGCAGGCCAAUUCCGCCAUUGAAUUGCUAUCAGGUGACAUGCAGCAAUUAAGUGUUGUACGUUCCAGGCCAUCUCACUCUAUGUUGGACUUAUCAGUGGUCAAUGGGAAUGCAGCAGCUGAAGCAGGACAAGUAAUUUCACAGGGUAAAACUGAUGGUGGACGUACAUUGGGGCCACUGAGAACAUUCCACAAUUCCAAAAAAAUCUUGGACCCCCAAAAACGCAUUAGCUUCAUGAGCCCUCCGCACUUGAAAACCACCAUAAGGCCCACCCAGUCUCUUAAUGAUCUACAGGCCAUCAAGUCUGAGCCACCUGCAUCAUUCAGCCGACAGCUAGAAGGUACAAACAUACCAGAAAUCCAGUUCCAUGUAGAGGAGCUACUCAUCCAACAGAUCAAUAUGGCUGGAAUGGGUGGCGUUACAUCUCCAGAAAAGGCUGUGAAGGAAGAGGAGGAUCAGGUGCAUAUUUAUGCUAAUUUAGAGGACUUUCGGAAAGAAAGCGCAAGACAGAGGUCAUUUUCUCAGCGGCACAGUUCCACCGGCACCAUAGAGGAGUGGGAAACUCACAUAGACAAAGAGAGUGGUCAGCUGUUCUACUACAACAGUCUCAGCGGGGAGACCACCUGGGAUUGUCCUUUUGAUCAAGCAGAAGACCAGCUUCACUCACCCUAUUCUCCGACAUCCUUGAGCCCAUUGCCAGGAGAAGCUGAGUGGGAGAAACUAUUAGAUGAAGUCAGUGGAGAAUUUUACUUCUAUAAUAUAGUGACAGGAGAGACAUCCUGGGAUCCCCCACCGGAGAACGAGUUGCAUUUACAAGGGGUAAAACCAAUGUUUUCCCCAAAUGGAUCAGUUAAUAGAAGGCCACCAACUCCAGAGGCUGAUUACCCAGAAUAUGGCCCAGAGCCAGAGGAAAUAGAAAAUUACCCACAAACUGACUAUGAUGGGCUAUAUGUUCCUCCUCCCCCUUACAAAGUCCCUUCUGAUGACCACUUCUCAGGCUGGUCCUGGCAAAUGAAAGAUGGGCAGAAACUGUACACCAACAGUUAUAAUGGUGACAUGUGGCUUCAGUCACAGGACAAGUAUGGGAAAACCUACUUUCAUACCCCAGAUGGGUCCAACUCAAUGUGGGACUUACCGCAGCUUGGCUCACCUGAAUUCCAGAAGGGGAGCAGUGACCUGGAUCAGAACAGCAAUACUCUUACCAACUGGCAGCAGAACUAUACAGCAAAUCCUUUACAGAAAGAAACAGAGACAAAAGGCUUGGAGAAAGCAGGGGUCCUACAUAAAGCAAAGAUUGCAGAGCAUGGGAAAAGGCUUCGCAAGAACUGGAGCGCGUCCUGGACAGUACUUGAAGGAGGAAUUUUAACAUUUUUUAAGGAUACUAAAAAUCUUUCAUCCAGUAGUUUGAAACAGUCAGUGCUGACCACCCCAGAACACACACUGAAGUUACAGGGUGCGUCAAUCCGAUGGGCCACGAAAGAGAAGUCCAGUAAAAAACAUGUAAUGCAGCUGAAAACCAGAGAUGGUGCAGAGUAUCUGAUUCACCAUGACUCAGAGUCAAUUACGACCGACUGGUUCACAUCAAUAAGCAAGUGUAUCGGCAAAAAUAUCCAUGUGUCUUCAGAGUACACCUCAGAAAAUGAGACAGAGUCCCUCCAGGAAUUUGGCUCGACAGAGAAGUUGGGGAUCAAAGACGAGAAGGAGAAGAAAACUGCGGGACAGAACAAUAACAACUCAGACAGUGACCGGAAUGUCCGAGCAAAGCUGAGGAAGUUCCUCCAGAGAAGACCAACAUUACAGUCUCUUCGUGACAAAGGUUACAUCCGAGACCAAGUCUUUGGGUGUCAUCUACAUGAGUUGUGUGAGAGGGAAAAGAGGAACGUGCCAGAGUUUGUCAGCAAGUCCAUUGAAGUGGUGGAGAAGAGAGGUUUGGAUAUUGAUGGUUUAUAUCGAAUUAGUGGAAACUUGGCUGUCAUACAGAAGUUACGUUAUAAGGUUGAUCAUGAUGAAAACUUUAAUUUAGAUGACGGUCGCUGGGAAGAUGUCCAUGUCAUCACUGGAGCGCUGAAGCUCUUUUUCCGCGAAUUGCCAGAACCACUCUUCCCCUACAGUUACUUUGACAAGUUUGUGGAAGCAAUAAGAAUAAGUGACCAGAACCAGAAGAAAAUACGCCUGAAGGAGUUGGUUUUGUCACUGCCUUCUCCAAAUCUAGAGACUAUGAGGCUGUUAUUCAGGCACCUGUGCAGUGUUGUUGAUUACAAAGAAUCAAACCGGAUGUCUCUACAAAGUGUCGCUAUUGUGUUUGGGCCAACUCUGCUGAAGCCUGAGGUAGAAGCUGCGAAUAUUGCCAUGUAUAUGGUGUUCCAAAAUCAAAUUGUGGAGCAAAUCCUCAUCCAUUACAAAUAUAUAUUUAACAACAGCUGAUUCCGUGCUGAUGGGACAUUUACCGACUGUGACAUGAAGGUGCAGGAUCGCCCGAUGACGUCUUACUAUUUAAUGUAUAUAUACUGUGCUCUUUGUAUAUGUAUAAAAUAUAUCUUGUACAUAUUCCUGGUCUCUCCUGUAGUUUUUGGCAGAUACACAUCUAUUUACAUAGAUUUUCUAGGCAUAAGAUCUGUGGGACUAGUACACCUUUCAUAGCCACUUAGACCAGAGUUUCUCAAACGCGGUCCUCAAGGCACCCCAACGGUCCAGGUUUUAGGUAUAUCCAUGCUUGGCCACAGGUGACUUAAUUAGCACCUCAGUCAAUUUGAUUUAACCAUCUGUGCUGAGCCAUGGAUAUACCUAAACCAGCACCAUUGGGGUGACUUGAGGACAACGCUUGAAAAACUCUGAUGUAGACAAUAAAUAAUAAAACAGAAUAAGGGAGAAAAAUAUCUCACUAUUUUAUUAAAGGGGUUUCCCACCUUCAAGCAAUUUUAAUGUAUUACUUUUUACAUGACUACCUUCAAAUGACUGAAUACAUUGGGGAGAUUUAUCAAAGCUUGCAGAGAGAUACCAGCCAAUCAGCUGUUAACUG